UUGAAUAAGGAGGUUGUCAGACCAAUACACCGCCCAGGGUACACCAUGAGUGAGUGUGUUUGUGUGUAUCCUUGUAAUUUAGUGUGUAUGUAUAAUAAUGUAUAAUGUGUAAAGCUGUGUAGGUGCAUGCAUAAAUUAAUUUAAAUGCAUCUAUUCACACACACAAACUUUUACUUGCCAUUUAACUUCCACCUUAACUUCCCUUUUAUUGUACAAAAAAAAUACGAUUUUAAUAAUAUUUCUUUGAAUUCAGAUAGGACUAGUGAAUGUGUAAAGCUGUGUAGGUUGUAACGUACCGCCCGCCACUAGUCCCGACUCUCCGAGCUGGAUGGCAACUCCAAACCCACCCAGCUUCACCGGGGCCGAAUUCUCUUUGGAUGCCAGCAACACACAGUGAGGCUGCGGAAGAAAGAAAGACAGAAGGACGGCCAACACCUAAUUAAAGAGGAACAUCACGAAACUCUGUAUGGCACACCAAAUUCCCGAACCGCAAAGCUUUUACCACUUUGCACACCCAUGUUUUCUUCAAGCUAUCUGAACGUAGAGACUUGUGGUGAGUAAUGAGAGGUAAACAUAUGCUAGGUAUAACUAGUGUUAUGUUUGGAAGCAGUUUACUUUUGGUUGUCCAGUUAAAUUUUAAAUUGUGUUAAGUCACUGAUCAGAAUAACAGUAUGCCAGUCAGUAUUUUUAGCUUUGACUUGAUAUUGUACACAGACCAGUGAAAAGUGUGAAUUUGCUUGCCGGCGGGUCGGACGUUGUUUACAACAGCACUGCUGAAAAAAAGUUGAACGGUGCACAACAUUUGUCAAAGUCCUCACUUCAAACAAGACUAGCAGCAGGAGAGGAAGGAGGUUAUCUUCAAGCACCCGGUAAGCAAACAGCAAUACCAGCCAUACAAUAAGUAAAAGAUGAAAAAUAAACUGUCGAAGAAAAGGGGAAAUUGCGAAAGCCAUUCAUGUAAUGAAGCCAAAAAGCACAUUUUUGAAAAUACCACCAAAAAAGAAACAUGUUGACAAAACUGGAAAUAAAAGGCCUUGUGCAAUAUGAAAAUCACUGUUUUAGCAUAUAGAUUCUGUCCUCUGCACCCUACACUUUGGGGGUAGUUUGCUGGAGUUUGUAUUGACCUUGUUCCCUUAGUCGUUAUGCCUCGGAUGGAAAUGUAAACCCGGUUUGAGUCCCCAAUGGAGCCGUUGGGAAGAUGUUUCUGGGAAUGAUUGCAGUGUUAUACUUGGAAGGAAUAACCUCUCUUAUUGUGAACCCAGUCCGUAGUGGAGCCCUGAAUGAGUGCCCGUGGUUUGUUUUCACUUGCUUGCUCAUAGUUCGUAGUAAUCCAACCCCAUCUGUUUUUUGGUUGGCAAACCCCCCUCUUUCAUUUGUUGCAAAUCUUUCCCCUCUGUUAAAGCACCACCACAUUCUGCACUUCUACAUUUCCCUGUCGGCAGGAAAGGAGGUGAAGGAGAGAUACACACAGAGGAGGGAACACAAGAGGAUAUCGAAUGAUGUAUUUCACUGGAUUCUUUUCUUUUCUUUGAAUCACUACCAAGGGGAAUACAGAAGAGUACUUUUGAGUUUUGAAAAAUAUGGAAUUCAAGAGAAUUCCAUAUUCCAGGACACAUAUGGAGGAUUGAUCUCAUUUUCAACAGACGUGAGAGAUGUUGGAAUGAGUCUCGAGAUGGAUUAAGAUAAAGACAUUUCAGUCAACACAUUUUUUAGCACCAAAUGUAGUUCAAUCGGCUGGAUAUAUUCGUAUGAAUCUCCAGCCAACCUCACCACCACAAUCACACACCAGCACCUGCGUCUAGACACCUUCCAAGGAAAUUGAUCCCCCGGCAAUUUCAUACUUCAAUAAUACAUCGUCCACAAGAACAACUUGAUGUUGACAAAUUGCCAAAUGUGUUUUUUAACACGAGUCUCUGAAUGAAUGGUUUUGUUGUUUUUUCUCAAUUGCUUGUACCACUACAUCGACUUAUUUGCCCACUCCUCCUUCAAUCAGAGGUGAAGAACCCAAGAAGGACGAGCUCAUGACGUCAAACAUCCUCACCACAACAGCCAUGAUGGCUUUUCCUUUCAUGAACUCCAGUGGCCCAGACAUCCAGGUGUCGGUGGGCCCGUCCCCCGACCCUGGCCCGCAUUGUCCCUCGGACACCAGCUCCAUGCGGAUCCCCCUGACGCUCUUCUACGCCCUCUUCGUCGUGCUCGGCCUGGCCGGGAACCUGCUGGCCCUGUGGGUGUUUUUGCGCGACCGCUCCAAGAAGGGCUCCGUGCGCGUGCUCCUGGUCAACGUGGCGCUGUCAGACCUGCUGCUGGUGGUCUGCCUGGCCUUCAGGGUGUGGUACCACGGGGUGCGCGGGGAGCGCUGGGAGCUGGGCCCCACCAUGUGUCACGUGGUGGGAAACUUCUUCUACAUGAACAUGUACAUCAGCAUCGUGCUGCUGGGGCUGAUCAGCGUCGACCGCUACUUGAAGAUCAGCCGAGGCGGGGUGCCGCUGCAGCGGUCCCGUGGUCUGGCGAUGAGGUGCGGCUGGAGAACUGCCGCCUGCGCCAUCAUCUGGGCCCUGGCGCUGGCCUUGACCCUGCUGCUGAUCCUGCUCUCCGAGGAGACUCACCAGGAGCUCAACAGAUGCUUCCAGUAUAAGUCACUCCAGCACUCCAAGUGGAAGGGGUACCUCAACCUCAUGCUGGUGGUCGUCUUCUGGAUCAGCUACGGCUGCAUGGUGGUGUGCUACGUCAAGAUCGCCUUCAAGCUGCUGAGGACGUCCAAGGAGAAGCCUGACCUGCCCAACGCGGCUCGCUAUGCCCGGACGGCCAACAAGUCCUUCUUCAUCCUCUUCCUCUUCACCGUGUGCUUCGUGCCCUACCACAUAGUGCGCGUCUUCUACAUCGUCAGCCAGAUCACCGACACGUCCUGCUACUGGAGGGGCGUGGUCUACCAGGCUAACGAGGUGGCCCUGCUCUUCUCUGCACUCAACAGCUGCCUGGAUCCCGUCAUGUACUUCCUGCUGUCGUCACCCAUGAGGAAGCAGGUGAUGCGGUUGCUGGGCAACGUGAUGCGGGUGUGGGAAGCCGGGGCUAGCGGCAGCAGCUACAGUGUCGAGCAGGGUUCGGGCUCAGGCAGGACCGUCCCGAGACAGCAGUCGACUGGCCUGGUGGGCGUCUUCGGGAACAAUACGGAUGACAUUACGAGCCAGCCAUAAGAUGGCGAAGGGAAAAAAAUAAGAAUUGAAACGUCUGAUAAUGUAUUCCACAGCUUUGUUGAACACAAUUCUAAUUGUUCCUUUAAGGCAGGCUACUUUCUGUUAUUUCUAAACAGGAGGACGUUGCUAUGGACAAGCUUUCAACUGUUCAAUAUUUUGACAUUAUAUUCUGUGUCAAAUUGCUUUUAUUAAACAAUUAGUAAAAAGGAUUAUGAAUGUAUUAUUUAUUGGGAAAUCUAUGAAGAAAGAAAUACCUUAAUGUUUCCUAAAUAUUGAGAUUUUACCUGAAAAUGGGGUCAAACGUGUUUUAGAAUGAUUCUGUCUACACCACAAAGAGAGAGGCAGAGCAAAUUUGAGUACUGGUCUCUUGUUCUCUUCUGAAAGAGCCAGAUACAUGCAGAAAAAAACAUUUCUAAACCAAAUACUACUGAUACACUGUGGCCCCUACAACAUGCAAUACUGACUUCUUUUGUUAUAUUUUCGCCGAUAGCUAAUUUCACUUAACUUACUACAAACAAUGUGAUCAUCAAGAUCAGAGUUUGCAGAAAUAAAAUGGCAACAUGUUUGUGGUCAUUGGGGAGAAAUGGGCACUGGCAAUGACAAUAGCAGAAUGAGAUAAGGAAACCUCAUUAACCAGAGGGACGUGGUACCUCCCUUUCUGUCUAAUGCAACCUCCCCUGUUCAUAGUGUCAUAGUCCGAGAACAGAACAGAAGAGUGCUCAAAGGAGAGCUGCUGAGGUGGAUGACCACAGGUCGGGUAAGUACUUCUCCGAUCUUCCUUUGUUUAAAGUAUAACGUUUUGGUGUGUAUCUCCCUGAGUGUGCUCAUGUAUUGUCCUUAGAGUCAAUAGUGGCACCUUACCCAUACAGUAUACUUCUGUAUUCUCUGAUGCUUGUACGUGGUGCUUAGUAUACUUUGGUGAUGAAUUGCAGUUCUCCCAAAGUGCUACUCUUCGGGGAGCGCUGCGGGACUCGGGGCCGCCCAGUUCUAGACUGGGUACCCCCAGCCCGUUCUAGACUGGGUACCCCCAGCCAGUUCUAGACUGGGUACCCCCAGCCCGUUCUGCCGGCCAUUUGAGUCGUGUCAAUAGUGUAGCUGGCUGGCUUCUCAUAUGUGCAUACAUACAUGUGCACAUACACGUAAUGACUGAGUCACCGUUAAAACAAAUGAGUUUCAUCUCUAAUGCUGCUACUGUCUGUAAUAUGUUUCUAUUUAGAUUAUUUGUCAGGAUAUUUUGUUAUUAUUGUCCGAGUCUGGUUUUAACUAAUGCUGGGAUUACACCAAAUGAUUUUAAGAGACAGACUCAAAACUGCAAGAGAGAAUUUAGCAUUGGAUCAGGUGUGAUAUUUAACAAGGGUUUUGUAGAUAUGGGGGGUGGAGAUGCAGCGACCACAGGAGGUAACUUCCUGUUCAGGUUUCACACAUGCAGCACCAGAGACACAAACUUGAACAAAAACAAAACAAAGCAACAACUGCUAUUUACAGUGCUGCACUAUUAUUCAGGUACUAUAUUAUAUUGUUUUAAUCAAGUGCAUACAGGGUUCUUCCCGUUCAUCUCAUCCCACCCCUAAUGCUGAUAAUGUAGUGGGCUGGUCUGGACAGAAAAUGCCAGGGCUGAAUUUCUGUACCAGUCCACCACUGCCUACAUCUGACCAUUCUGACCAAAACUCAUGCACUCCCCCCCACAAUUAUUCCAGAAUUCAAGCAAAGCAAGAAUGACCAAAAGUCACUUUGCGUCAACAAGAGACUGACUCCACCGACUAUCAAUUGCAAGUUAAAACAGCCGACCACUUGAGUGUAAAAAACACAAAAGACCUCGCCACAGCACCAGCAAAUCUAAAGCAAUAAAUUAUAUCACGUCUUACCUUUAUUAAUGUGGCAGUGGUCUGCAGAUGCAUCCCGUGGUGUAGCCUACCACAUCCAUUUAGUUCAACAGGUUAUCCUUCUGAUUGUGUCCAUGGUACUAGUAACCUGCUCUGGUGCUUUUUACCUAUGUAUUCAGGCUAAAAUGACUUGACCGUCUGAUGUCUCAUCAUCCCAGCAAGAGUAUUGGUAUUAUUAGUAAUGGCUACUUGCCAAAUUGAAAAAAUAACUUCAGUGUUUCUUUUUCCAAUGUAUUUGUUAUCAUUCGUAGCGUUGAUCAGCAGAGAAAUAGUUCGCCAAAGUCGUUGAGCAUUCCACUGCAUUGAGAAAAGCCGUGUAAUAAGCAAGGGAUAAUGUAUAGAACGCCGGUCAUUAUCGGCUAAAUAAGCCCCGACAGGGCGAACAGGACACCGACGCGCAGCGAAGGUGUCUAAAGGGCCUAUUUUUGAUAAUGACCGGCGACGUUCUAUACAUUAUCUCGCUUAUUAUACGGCUACUUGCCAAAACGAAAAAUAAAUAACUUCACUUGG